UAAAGUGCAAUUUCCCUGCAAUGCGAAGUGGUGAUCAUCAACCAAUAACUAGCACAUGAGAGCUCGGAACUAUAACUCCUGAAGUGAUGUUAUUGAAUUGCUUUCACACAAAAAUUGAGACAAAAUAAAUUGAGUGAUUGAGCACUGCUCUUCGGUAUCCAUUCAUCAGCUGUUACGGCAAAUGUCGCCAGAUCAAAGCGAGGAGCUUGCGCUAUAAAGGAUACUAGAAAGCAUGGCGGACAGUGGGAAUAUUAGACAACAUCUCUUUGUUAUUCUCGUUUUUUGUGCCGUUCUUUACACUGUUAGAUCAAGGCACACGAUCACCAAGAGGAAUUACAGCGAUCAGAGUGUUCGCGGUUAUUUAGCUGAGCGAACUUGUUGGUGGAACGAAGUGUGUAAAGAGGAAUUUCACAGUAAAUUCCGUUGUAGAUGUCCACGAUGGUCCUAUUGCAGAGCACCAGGAAAAUACUAUGAUGCCCACUGUAGCAUAACACGAACAGGCUACAUAUGGACUCAGCCAGAGACAUCCUUAGCAUUGGAUGUCGAAAAAUAAAAGAAAGCAAAUGUAGUGAAUGGCUACACUCAGUUAAUCAGGGAGCAUCCAAACAAUCGUUAUUGACUUCAUUGUCAAUUGUAUUGCCUCAUGAAAUCUCAAUGAAAUAUCUCGAAAAUAAACGUUCAAUGAA